AUGAUGAUAUAUAGGCUACUUUCUACACUUGCUCUCUGCUCCGUAAGUGCAGUUGCAUUUCAAGUGAAACGAAAUAAUCCAUUGUGCUAUCAUGGUCAAGCUCUGGGAAAAUGCCAACAGUCAAUACGAGACACGAUUAUGGAUCCCACAAUUUCCAGAGAUCUGGAUUCCUUCAAAUCAUGGACCAAGGAGAAUGGGGUACUUCUUGCCGACGGAUUAGACUUGUCAUCAUCACCCGAUGGAGACUGGUUCAUCAGUCUAUCUAAGCCAAUAAAUGAAGCACAGGUUCUAAUGACGAUACCCAAGGAGCUGAGGUUAUCGUCCACGACAAUCCGUGAUGAGCUGGGAUCCGAUGUGGGGAAGGCCGUAGAAUACUUGCAAUCCAAAAAACUUGACGAGCAAAGCCAUCAAUUUUACCUAUGGAUACGGAUUUUGCAAGAAUAUGAGAAAGGAGAGGCAUCAAAGUGGCAUGGAUGGAUGAAAUCCUUACCGAGGACCUUCAAUUCGGCAGUUUCCAUGGACGAAGAAGAAUUGGAGUGCUUGCCACCGUUUGCUUGGUCACUGGCAAAGAUGGUACGCUUACAUCACGAAGCCUUCCUUGAAGCCAUUAAAAUGAUUGCAGAGGGCGUUCUUAGUGACGAAACAAAAGCGGACAAGGAAGUGCUUCUGUGGGCGUUCAAUGUCGUUUUCACUCGGUGUUGGGGAAAAGAAGAUUUUGAUGACAAGAACAGGCACGACCUGGUACCGAUGGGGGACAUGUUCAAUCAUGGCGACCCUCCAAAUACCUUUAUUGAUUACGAUGAAGAUACGGAUGAAUGUCAUAUCAUUCUGAAAGAAGACGCUGACCCAUCGACUCCAUUAAAAUUGAGUUACGGCCAUUCCAGAGUGCCUUCCAAAUUCCUGAGUAUUUUCGGGUUUGUGGAUGAAUCACAAACUGAAAUAUUCUGUCAAAUGCUGGUAACUAAUCCUACCAAAAAGCAUGUGGAGAUUGGCUAUGACACAGACAAGAUGCUGUUUGAUACUCGUGAUGGCACCAUUGCCGACGCGAUCUUUGAUGUUACAUUGUAUUCCAUUUUGGAACAGGUUCCAGAGUUGCAGGAAAAGUUCUACAGGGCACAUGUUGACAAAGACAAGGAAACCAAAGGCUACUUGAGACAGCAGUAUCAUCUGGAAACAUGCAUCAUGAUCAAGAACCAUAUCGACUCUAGUCUCAAGAUAUUUGAAGAUGUACUACAAAAGUGUGUGAAUUUGAAUCCAGUGGAACACCCACGCCUCGAAACAAUAUACAAGCAUAACCUAUUCUUUCACCAGACCUUUCAUAAGGCACAAGGGACGAUCAACGCCAUGACUAAGGAGGAAAUGAUGAUACGGAAGGAAAGGGAAAAUUCCGUAGCUGCUUCCUAA